GCUGACGUGGGGGCGACGCGCGGCCUCGCCCGGCCCAAUCCCGCCUCCCCCCCACCUACUUUCCCCUGUGACGGGGGCGCCACGUACUCGGACAAAUGACCAUGGAAACAGGUGAAUCACAACAGGAUGGAAAUGCUUCAGACUCUCUUGCAGAAAGUGAUUCUGUUAAUAUACAGUCUCCACCUGGCCAAAAUCAGAUCUCCACUAUAGCUCAGGUUUCUGUAGCGGGAUCAACAACUGGAAGAGGAUCUCCAUCUGUAACUGUAGUGCAAUUGCCUUCUGGUCAAACUGUCCACGUACAAGGUGUGAUUCAAGCCACGCAGCCUUCUGUUAUUCAGUCACCACAGUUGCAAUCUGUUCAGGUAGCAUCAGCUACAAGUGCAGAUGAGUCUACAGAUUCCGAGGUUGUAAUUGAUUCUCAGAAGCGGAGGGAGUUACUUUCGAGGAGGCCUUCGUAUCGAAAAAUUCUGAAUGAACUUUCUUCUGAUGCACCUGGUGUCACUAAGAUUGAAGAAGGAAAGCCAGAGGAAGAAGGAGCGCCCUCUGGCAUCCCCGCCAUGGCAGUGCCAACCAGCCUUUAUCAGACUAGCACCGGGCAGUACAUUGCUAUAGCCCAGGGUGGAGCAAUCCAGAUCUCUAAUUCUUCAUCUGAUGGCGUUCAAGGGUUGCAGACAUUAACAAUGACAAAUUCAGGAGCUCCUCAGCCUGGUGCUACCAUUGUACAAUAUGCAGCUCAAACACCUGAUGGCACACAACAGUUCUUUGUUCCUGGGAGUCAAGUUGUUGUCCAAGCUGCUACAGGUGACAUGCCAACCUACCAGAUCCGAACUCCAACCACAGCCUUACCUCAAGGGGUAGUCAUGGCAGCUUCUCCAGGAACGUUGCAUAGCCCACAGCAGCUAGCAGAAGAAGCAACACGUAAAAGAGAGCUAAGGCUUAUGAAAAAUAGGGAAGCUGCUCGCGAGUGUCGCAGGAAGAAGAAGGAGUAUGUCAAAUGUCUCGAAAAUCGUGUGGCUGUGCUUGAAAAUCAAAACAAGACUCUCAUUGAGGAACUCAAGGCCCUCAAAGAUCUUUAUUGCCAUAAAGCUGAGUAAAUAGCACUUGGCUAUGGACCUUUUUACUAUGAACGUUAAUCAAGGCAUGAGAUGAAGCAAUUCUACAGAUUGUCAUGUGACCGUUGAGGAAGGGACAAUGUGUGGCCCUUGUGAUCCUGGUUUUUCUUAGGUGUUUUCUAAAAGUCUUGGGCAUUGUUCCAAAAUUCGGAGAGCACCACAGUCUCUAUAUUAAGUUUACCUUUGUCACAGCAUUUCUCCCUGCCCCCCCCCCCCCUCAGUCCAGUAGCAUGCCAAAAAGUGUUUUGUUUGCCCUUUUUACUUCUGCUUUUUUCAGGGAAGCUGCAAAAGAAUGUCGACGACGGAAGAAAGAAUACGUGAAAUGUCUGGAGAGUCGUGUUGCGAUGUUAGAAGUUCAAAACAAGAAACUUAUAGAAGAGCUAGAAACCUUAAAAGACAUUUGCUCUUCCAAGACAGACUAGUGUCAAUAUUGAAACUGUGAACUGGCUACAGCAUGUACAGAUGCUUCUGCAGGCAAUGUCUAGUCAACAAGAAUUAUGACUUUUCCUUUGUAUCAUUUGUCUUCUACUCCAGCCUCUAACAUUCCUGAAACGCUUUGCUGCAUUUUUGUAGAUCCCUAGUUGAAACUUCAGGUGUCUUUUUUUUCUUAACCCGAAAGAGUCCAAUGUUUAAGGCAGUAUGUGUUCCAUGUUCUCAAAAUGCAACAUGUGUAAGAGCUGCUCUUCUGCCCAAUAUUCAAAUUAAUUACUUUAAAUGUGUGAUUUUGGUAGUAUCCCACUUGCACCAGUAUUUUAAAGUGAUCAAAGAAGAUGCAUCUAACACAAUAAAAUGAAAACUACCCGAAGUAUCUCAGGAAAGAGUUAUAUAAAAAGUAUGUUGCCAUUACAUACGUGUAUUAGAAUACUAGUUUACAAAUGAAUUUAUGGCAUAUUUUUAUAUACACCACUUUGUGAAAAAAAAUAUUGUAUUGCUGUCACUGAGUGCCAUGGUUGAAACUAGUUUUUAAAUAGAACCAUGUUGGUUAAACUUUGUAGUGUUUGGUGUUUGUUUGAACAUCUGACCCAGCUAAAAGUAAUUAAAAAAUAAUGGUGCAUGUUUUGAAGUAAUUUUAGAAGACAUAUCUACUGCCUUUUGGGUUUCAGAAGUAGCCUCCAGAAUUAUAAUACAAAGAUCUUAAAUCUGCUCCUACAA